AUGGAUGAGCUCGUCUCCCCAGCAUCCUUCUGCUCCCCUGCCUCCCCGCCCUCCUUCUUCAACGCGGCAGGCCACCACUCAGUCCUCGAGUUCGUCUCCUGCGGCCUGCCGGAGCAAUGCUGGCUGAUGGGCGACGAAGCGCUCGACGAUAAGACCAUGCAUGACGGCGCCGAGUGGGUCUCCGGGGGCUCGCACUUGGCGGGCUCCGACCUGUCCGCCGGUAACCCGCACGCGGCGGCCGCCAUGUGCGAGCCCUCGGCGAGGAGGCGGGGCAGGAAGCCCGGGUCCCGGUCCGACGGUCCCACCAUCAGCCACGUCGAGGCGGAGCGGCAGCGACGGGAGAAGCUCAACCGCCGGUUCUGCGACCUCCGCGCCGCCGUGCCGACGGUGUCCCGGAUGGACAAGGCGUCCCUGCUCGCCGACGCCGCCGCCUACAUCGCCGAGCUGCGCGGCCGCGUGGAGCAGCUCGAGGACGCGGCUAGGCAGGCCGCGGCGAGGAAGCAGGGCGGCGGGAACCCGGCGGCGUGCCCGGCCUCCGGGGACCUGGAGGAGAAGGUGGAGGUGCGGAUGGUCGGGCGCGAGGCGGCGGCGGUGCGCCUGACGACGGCAGCGGCGCGCCACGCCCCCGCGCGCCUCAUGGGCGCGCUCCGGUCGCUGGACCUGCCGGUGCAGCACGCGUGCGUGAGCCGCGUCGGCGGCGCGGCGACGGUGCAGGACGCCGUCGUCGACGUGCCGGCGGCGCUGCAGGACGAGGGUUGCCUCCGCGCCGCGCUGCUCCACGUCCUGCAGCAGCAGGACGAGAGCGCCUAGCAAGCUAAGAAGCUCUGGUGACCUUCCUCUACGGUAAUCAGAUGCUUAAUCUGUUCUUGAUGCUACUGUUCCUCGUGUCGAAUAAUCAACCGGCCAUCUCAUCGACCAGCAGGGUCGUGGUGUAAGAAAAAAACGUGCAAGUAGUAUAACAAUCUUAUACAUCCAAUCGCUAGCUUGUCUUUGUUCAGUCGAUGGAUGAGUUGUUCCUAAUUUUUUUAAUGGGUGUUGUGACACAGCACA